UGACGUGGCCUUUUCUGUAUCUCUACCAAACUAUCCAGAAGGCAAAGAAACCUCCUGCCUCAUUGCCCUUUUUCUCUCUCCACUGUCUUCUCCACCAUGCCACGUCUCCAGCCCUUCUAACAUACGCUUAUAUGCUCAAUCAACCCCGCUCACCUGCGCAAUCUCAUCCAUUCCUUUCACUACAAACUCUUCUCUUUUACUCCCCGGCGCAUGUUAACCCUAACCUGUAUCCAUUAACGCAAUUUUUUUUUAAAAAUAAAACUAGAAAAAGCUGAGCGUAAAAAGAAAGAGGCAUGAGUUAGGAGAGGAGAGGAGAGGAGAGGAGAGAUUGGUUUGCUUUUGGGUUACGUAUGUCCGGUGAUCCAAAUCGAGCCGUUGAUUUCCUGGCCUGGUCUCACAUAAAUCCUCGAUCAAGACCGUGAGCCAGACAUACUUUAUGGAAAGAGGCUAACAUGCGCUUGUAUUAAAAAAGAGAAAAUAUUUCUAUUAAUUAAUAGUUUUUGUUGCUGUGUUUUCUUCAUCACCGUCGUCACAUAGGAAUUUGGAUAAUCCAAACCCUAACCCUAAUUUGUGUCCAAAUUCUCAAUCAGAAGGAGAAGAGGUGGGGUAUUACUAGUGUGUUAUUAUUCAAUUGAUAUUGUCUACUUUUUGAAAGAAAAAGACAGAUUGAAUUGAUGAGAUAUGGAGGGAGAGGUAGAUGAGCAAAAUUUGAGUGGGCACAUGAAGGAGAGUGGUAAUGGUAAAAGUGUAGGAGGAGGAGGAGCAGGAGAUGGUUUUGUUGAUAGAAGCAAAGUGAGGAUUUUGCUAUGCGAUAAUGAUGCUAAGAGCUCUCAGGAGGUUUUCACUCUCCUUUUGAAGUGCUCUUAUCAAGUUACAUCAGUGAGAUCGGCUAGGCAGGUGAUUGAUGCACUAAAUGCUGAGGGGCCUGAAAUCGACAUUAUACUUUCUGAAGUUGACAUUCCAAUGGCCAAGGGCAUGAAAAUGUUGAAGUAUAUCAUGCGGGAUAAAGACUUGCGGCGUAUUCCUGUGAUCAUGAUGUCGGCACAGGAUGAGGUCUCAAUUGUUGUAAAGUGCUUGAGACUUGGAGCGGCAGACUAUCUUGUAAAGCCUUUACGUACUAAUGAGCUCUUGAACUUGUGGACACACAUGUGGAGAAGGCGGCACAUGCUUGGAUUGGCGGAGAAGAACAUCUUGAACUAUGACUUCGAUCCGGUUGCAUCAGAUCCUAGUGAUGCUAAUACAAACAGUACUACGCUGUUUUCAGAUGACACGGAUGACCUGUCUCGUAGGAGCACCAAUCCUGAAAUGGGGAUGUCAACUCAUCAGGAAGAUGAGUCUGCUGCUGCUGCUGCUUCUGCUUCUGCCGCCGCCGCCGCCGCCGCCGAGCCUUCUCCUGGUGAUCCACAGAAAUAUCGACCUGAUGUGCCAGGGAUCAGUGACCGCCGAACAGGACAUUUAUCUUCUGGUCCAAAGAAGAGUGAAUUGAAGAUUGGCGAGUCCUCUGCCUUUUUCACUUAUGUCAAAUCAAGCACGGUGAAAAACAAUUCCCAAGGAGUUGCUCUUAUUGAGGACAAUACUAAUCAAAAUUUGAGGAUGGAAGAGAAACUUCAAGUAUGUGGCGAGCAAAUGCUUAAUGAUGCCCAUUUACAAGAAAAUGGGGAGGCAUUGGAAAUCCACUCGCAAGGAGAUGACUUCCGUAGCAGUUCUAGCAUUCCUGACUCUCUCUCUCUGGAAAGAUCUUGCACCCCUCCUGUGUCAAGAGAAUUUCCCCAAAGAAAUUUCAAGGAUGAUCGGGUGCUUAUGCAUCAAACGAAUGAACCUCAAUUAGAUGCGUCAAGUUUAUCGACACAAAGUGUGUAUCCAUAUUUUAUGUCAGGCGUUGUAAAUCAAGUUAUGAUGUCAUCAUCAGCACAACUCUAUCAAAAGAACCUGCAUGAGUUGCAAAGCCAUGGAACUUCUGCCAUGCUUCCUGGAUACAAUCAUCUUCCCCAAUGUCCGCCUCACAUGUCCGGGAUGGCAUCAUUUCCAUAUUACCCUGUUAGUAUAUGCUUACAACCUGGUCAAAUGCCUACCACUCCGUCAUGGCCAUCAUUUGGAUCUUCAACGUCAUCUGAUGUGAAACUAAAUAAAGUAGAUAGAAGAGAGGCAGCAUUAAUCAAGUUUAGACAGAAAAGAAAAGAGCGCUGUUUUGAUAAGAAGAUAAGGUAUGUUAAUCGGAAAAAACUUGCUGAAAGGAGGCCUCGAGUGCGGGGACAGUUUGUGAGGAAGGUAAAUGGUGUAAAUGUGGAUCUCAAUGGGCAACCUGCUUCUACAGAUUAUGAUGAAGAUGAAGAAGAGGACGAUGAUGAGCAAGCAUCAAGGGAUUCUUCUCCUGAGGACGAUGCUUCAGGAUCUUAAUGUCAAGUUGCUGACAAAUGAGGUUCCUUGCGUUUCUUAACAUCCCUUCCAUUUAUUAAGCUAUUAGUCCGAAGUCUGCCAAUGAUGCUUCGUUUUUUCAUUGAAUAUGAUUGUGUGAGCUUCAUUGAGGGACAGAUGAGAUCAAGUUGCGAGUGCAUGAAUAUAUAUUGGGAGCGCUUCUUCUGCAAGAUUCGGAAAGCAUAUCAGUGUUAGCAUUUGAUAAAGGAUAUCACUAUGAGAUUGUGCAUGCAUGAGGGCAAAGCUCUCUGAUUUUACUAUCCCUCUGGUUCAAAUCCCAAAGGUUUGGGUAGGUAGCCUUUUUCAAAAUUGGAAGGAAUGUUGGGACAUGCAAAAAUUCGUCCUGAGUUCAAUUUCUGUAGUGUCAUGACCAAGAGACCCAUUUAUGUGGGUAAAUGUCAUGUACAUAAGCUAUCCUUACUCUGGCAUGGUGUAAUUGACGAAAUUGAAAUCAGGCAGCAAUGGAGGCGGGCAGAUCGAUUUGCUAAUCUGUUGACUACGUGGUCUGUGGUGAAGAGCAUGUACGGAGGUACAAUUCCAUGCAAAAAAAGAGAAGAAAAAAAGUGAAGCAAUCGUUGAAGUUUGUCCAUUGCGUUGACUCAAUCGUUUGUUUGUUUGUAUUUUCUUUGUCCAGGUUCAGGGUUCCACCACCAUUUGUCUCUUCCUGCAUUCUUCUCAUCCAGGGUGUUUGAUAGAAGUCAAGUCUUAGAUUUUACAGUA